UUCUAUGGAGACUUCUGAAUUCUUUGCUGUGCGCCACUGUUCUGUAAUUACGUUCAAUGCACGUAAUAAUUCUCUUAUUUGUAUCUCUCUUUUCUGUGACUUUCCAUAUUUUGACAUUCCAGAAAUGAGAAUGAGGCAAAAGGAGAACGUGAUUUAUUACAAACUGUCGGUUUCUAAAAUAUUCUGAUAAUGGAGGAUGAAAUUCUCGCCAAUUCAGGAAUUGAAAGUGAUGAGAGAAAUGAGAUCGAUGAAUCCUUUAUUUCGUUAACGGAAGUACCACUGGAGUGCUGUGGAAACGGAUGUAAUCCAUGUAUUCUUGAUGUUCAGAAGGAGCUUACCGAAUCACAAUAUAGGAGUGCAAAAAAUAAUUUGUUGACCCUUACGUCAUAUAAAACAUUUUUUGUGAGCAGUACUCUCGAUUUUGGCGACAGCUACUUACUUAUUAAGUUAAAUUGGAAAGGUGACGCCGCAGGCAAAGCUGUGUCUCUAAAUCCAGGUCAACAUGUUGUUUUACGGAUUUCUUCUGUUACGAGACCUUUCACACCCCUAUCUUGGACAUCGGCAAGUUUACUGUUUUUGGUAAAAUUGUACGAAAAGGGCAUUUUUAGUCAACACUUGAGACAGCUCAAAGAAGGGGAUAGCAUUGACAUCAGAGGACCAUAUGGACAAUUUGUUUACAAUGAAAACAGUUUUGGUCAAGUUAUUAUGUUGAGCAUCGGCACUGGAAUAGCUCCCAUGUACUCGAUAGCAAAAUCAAUCAUCGACAAUGAAAUGGAAGAAACAAAGGUUCACUUAAUAGCUGGAUUUCGAUCUCUAAAUUGUGUGCCUCUAAAAAAGAACUUACGAGUCCUGUCAGAUUAUUGGAAUUUCACAUGUACUUUGCAAAUAUCUCAGUACGGUGCAACCGAUGGGAUGACCGGUAUAAAUAUAGAAAGUGGUCGAUUGGAUAAGAACAAGGUUUCCAAUUUGUUGGAAUCACAUUGUCCAGAAACGACCUUGAUUUUAAUAUGUGGAACACCAGAGUUCAAUGAAUCUGUCGAACACUGGGUACGGGGAUGUAAUUUCAAUCAUCUACAUGUAUUUAAGUGAGCCAGUAAUUUAUCAUAAAUUGAACGUCAAAUAGAUCAAAGAAUUUGUACAGAUUUAAACUUGUGCCACGAUAGGUGCAAUUAAAACCUAGCAAAUUAAUAUUUUUGUAUAGUAAAUUGUUAUUGUUAAGACUUCAAAAUAAAUAUUUUUUCUGAGAAA